GAGGCUUCCCCCAAAAUACUCAAAAGUAAGGCUUCUUCUUCACUUUCUUUAUGGGGACGAGGUUGCGGUGUUCUUUUACCCACCAAUAUAUCGCAUUCGUUUACUUGGUUUCUUAAAACAAG